AUUGUUUAACCGAAUUGAUAAAAUCUUGCACUUCAAAACCCGAUUUUCAUACAUAUAUCAAAGUUGCUGCCUUCAACUUCAGUGAAAGUUAAUCAUGAGGGGAAUGGAGUUUUUUGUCGGCAUUGUUGCUUUGGCCUGCAUUGAAGUAGCGGCUGGGGCACUUUUGCAAGACACGACCGGACUUGUCACAUUGAACUACGAAGCAUCUGAAGAUGGAAUCACUUUGGAAUUAAUCAGAGGAGAGAAAACAACCCUUCGUGGGACGAUUGGCAAAGGCCGAAACCUUCAGGAUGUCUCUUGCAUUGGAAGUUCUUUAUGCAAACUAAGCGACAACGAAAUACUAUCAAUUACCCCGAUCCAGCAUGGGUUUAACGUUACAUGGGUCAAAGAUGAUCCCACUGAGGUGUUUGAGGACUGUUAUGAAUUGGAUUCCGGAUCCACCAACUGGUUUGGAGGACCGCAAAGGUGGCACCAAGUGUGGCCUUUAGAAAAAAUGACCAUCGAUGGUAGCGAGCCUUAUGUCAUUAAGAAAAGCGAUAACUUUGGGGUGGCUGAAAGAUACUGGCUGAAUUCCAAUGGAGUAUACAUCUGGUUGACGGACGUUACUCCUCUUUGGGUGGACCAAAACAACAAUAAUCCGGGCCAAGUGUGCUUUAGGGCGGAGGCUAAGAGUCCCUACAUCAAUAGAGAGAGAGUCCUGCUCGCUUAUGUUAUUGCAUCUAUGGAUGAUCCUAAAGUUGCGCAUUUGAAUGCUAUCAACAGUGUUUUGGGCGCACCAGAGGCACAUCCUGGAGAUAAAAUGAUAGAAGAGCCAAUUUGGACUACUUGGGCCAAGUACAAGAAACCCAUUAACGACGAAACUGUUCUGGAAUUCGGAAGAACCAUCCGCAGUCAUGGUUACGAAGGCGGCCAAUUGGAAAUCGACGAUUCUUGGGAGACGUGCUAUGGAUCUCAGCAAUUCACCGAAGAAAAAUUCGCGAAUAUCCAAAACACCGUUAACACAUUACAUGAGGAUGGAUGGAGAGUUAGUCUAUGGAUUCAUCCUUUUGUUAACGACGAUUGCGAAGAAAAUUCCGCUAUUGGAAAGCGUCUAGGCUAUUUUGUGCACAAUCCACAAAAUGAGACCAACGCUGUUUGGUGGAAUAGCGAUUAUGGACACCAAAUCGACUUCACUAAACCGGCGGCUGCACAGUGGUGGUCGGACCGAGUGAAGAGCAUCCAAGAAACCAUUGGUAUGGACAGUUUUAAGUUCGAUGCUGGAGAAGUUGAUUAUGUGAAUCAGCCUGGAGUAUAUGCUGAUGCUGAAUCCAGUCCCAAUGCUCUCACUCAUUCCUACAUUGAAACCUGCGUACAAUUUGGAGAUUUUAUUGAAGUCCGAUCAUCGUUCAGAGGGCAAACAUAUGGCAAAUUCAUCAGGAUGUUGGACAAAGACUCGGUUUGGGGCCUGGAGAAUGGCUUGGCUUCGUUAAUUACCACAUUGCUCCAGUUGAAUAUGAACGGAUAUGUUAUGGUGCUUCCGGACAUGAUUGGAGGAAAUGGAUACCAAGUGCAACCAACUGCUGAUUUAAUCGUCAGGUGGACGCAGGCAAACACUUUUAUGCCAGCCAUGCAAUUCAGCUUCUUGCCCUGGGAUUAUAUAGAUGAUGUGGAGUACGACAUUGAGGGCAUUGUUAAGAAAUGUGCGGAUCUACAUACCGAGUUUGCCCCCUUAAUCAUCAAUGCUAUGGAGAGAAGCAUUUCCGAGGGUUACCCAGUUAAUCCACCCAUUUGGUGGGUGGAUCCUACUGAUACAGUGGCUCUUUCAAUUGAUGACGAGUAUCUCCUCGGUGAGGAAGUUUUGGUGGCGCCAGUCAUUGUGGAAGGUGCAGUUUCAAGGGACAUCUACUUACCGAAAGGACAAUGGAGAGAUGGAAAUGAUGGCGAAGUCUACGAAGGUCCAACCUACCUGAGGGACUAUUAUGCCCCCAUUGAAGUGCUGCCUUACUUUAUCAAGCAAUAGAUUGUUGAAAAACUAGAAAAUAUACACAUAUCUGAAGCUGUU